GUAAUCAUCUCAGCAUGCAUCCCAAGAACCGAGGCCAAGUAUCCCAGUUUUAUCUUCCCUCCAAAAGUCAAUCUACACCCUAGGGACUGCGCCGCACUAACAUGCAUUUUCAUUUUCGUGCUGAGCACUGAAGUGAAAAAAAACCCAAGGGUCUUCCGAGAAAUGGUGUCUUGUGGAAAGGCAGGCAAGCCCGAUAACUCAAGUAACCUAGGUGUAAAUGCCACAAAAUCACUCAAUGGCUCAUUGAGUAGAUAUGUAAUUCUGUGGCAUUUACCUAGAUUGGAUUUUCGAACUGGGAUCUGUGCGUUGAAUGUGGUGGGAUUCUUUUCCUUGCUUUUCUCGUAGGCGCGAAUUUCCGCAGGGGCGGAAGGGCGGGCGGCUGGUUGAGCUGAGCUGUGUGGAGGCGAUUGGGGGGGGGUGAUGGUCGGGCUUCUAGCGGGAUUCUAGAAAAUGAUCGACCGACGACUUUCUGGACGACAGGUCGUUCUGAUUCUGCGUCCUCGUUGGUUUACAGAGCAGAGUGAUCAAAGAUGUUAUUUACUCCAGGUAAAGUGUAUACCAAGAUCCAUGUAAAUAUUUUGCAGAGUUUUAAAUUACCUGCAAGCCAGACCGUGGAAACAUUUGAGCAUUUGGAAUGUACCCGUGUCGUGCCAUCUUACCGUCCACUCUCUCCAACGCCCCCCUGGUGUCCUCCAAAAAUCUCCCCAGGCAAUGACAAACACCAGUGACCAAAGCAAGUCCUCCACCUGCUUAUCACCACCCUCGCCAUUUACCACAACCAGCACCCCAGGCUUCAAUUUGCCUGAGAAAAGGCGUCCAUUCCUGCAUUGUCACACGCAGAUACCUCGCAUACAUACAUACGUGCAUUACACAUCAACACUUGCCUGCCCAGAAUACAAUCUCACCUACAUAUGUGCAUACUUCCUACCACUCCUAUACAUCGUACAUAUGUAUACCAGCAAUAAUCUCAAAACCUCACAAUCUGCGCGUGGCUCCUCCUCAGCCUUAGGCCUCCCCCCUUCUCCCAUCGCGAAGAUUCUCCAAAUCUAG